GGUGCGGCCGCCGGGGCGCUGCGGCAGUUGUGCGGGCUGAGUUCCUCCGAGCGCGGCGGGAGGACCCUGUGCAACCAGAGCAAUUGCUUACGGGAAAAAGAGUAAAUAAAUAAGCGUUUGAAGAUGACAACCUCAUGGAGCGACCGACUCCAGAAUGCAGCAGAUCUCCCUGCAAACAUGGAUGGGCAUGCUCUGAAAAAGUACCGCCGGGAAGCCUAUCACCGGGUCUUUGUAAACAGAAGUUUAGCCAUGGAAAAGAUAAAGUGUUUUGGUUUUGAUAUGGAUUAUACACUUGCUGUGUAUAAAUCCCCUGAAUACGAAUCUCUUGGAUUUGACCUGACCGUAGAAAGAUUAGUUUCCAUUGGAUACCCUCAUGAGCUGCUCAAUUUUGUGUAUGAUCCUGCAUUCCCUACCAGAGGCCUGGUGUUUGAUACCCACUAUGGAAACCUGUUGAAAGUUGAUGCCUAUGGGAACCUUCUAGUGUGUGCACAUGGCUUUAAUUUCCUCAGAGGGCCUGAAACACGGGAUCAAUAUCCAAACAAAUUUAUCCAGAGAGAUGACACAGAUAGGUUUUACAUUCUGAACACGUUAUUCAAUCUACCAGAGACCUACCUAUUGGCUUGCUUAGUGGAUUUCUUUACUAACUGUGACCGGUACACUAGCUGUGAAACGGGGUUUAAAGAUGGAGACCUCUUCAUGUCCUUCAGGAGUAUGUUCCAGGAUGUCAGAGAUGCUGUUGACUGGGUUCAUUACAAGGGAUCUCUUAAGGAAAAGACCCUUGAGAACCUGGAAAAGUAUGUGGUGAAAGAUGGGAAGCUGCCACUGCUGCUCAGCCGCAUGAAUGAAGUUGGGAAGGUGUUUCUUGUCACAAACAGUGACUAUAAAUACACCGACAAAAUUAUGACUUACUUGUUUGACUUUCCACACGGACCAAAGCCUGGGAGUGCCCAUCGGCCAUGGCAAUCCUACUUCGACCUGAUCCUGGUGGAUGCACGAAAACCCCUUUUCUUUGGGGAAGGCACCGUGCUGCGGCAGGUGGACACGGUGACUGGGAAGCUGAAGAUUGGUACCUACACUGGCCCACUGCAGCACGGCAUCGUGUACUCAGGAGGCUCCUCGGACACAGUCUGUGACCUGCUGGGGGCCAAAGGGAAGGAUAUCUUGUACAUUGGAGACCAUAUCUUUGGAGACAUCCUCAAAUCCAAGAAGCGCCAGGGCUGGAGGACCUUCCUGGUGAUCCCCGAGCUGGCGCAGGAGCUGCAUGUCUGGACAGACAAAAGUGCCCUUUUUGAAGAGCUGCAGAGUCUGGACAUCUUCUUGGCCGAACUAUACAAGCAUCUGGACAGUAGCAGCAAUGAACGCCCUGACAUCAGCUCCAUCCAGAGACGCAUUAAGAAAGUGACCCACGACAUGGACAUGUGCUACGGGAUGAUGGGGAGCCUCUUCCGCAGCGGCUCUCGGCAGACCCUGUUUGCCAGCCAGGUGAUGCGCUACGCCGAUCUCUAUGCAGCCUCCUUCAUCAACCUCCUCUACUACCCCUUCAGCUACCUCUUCAGAGCCGCCCACGUCCUGAUGCCACACGAGUCCACGGUAGAGCACACGCACGUCGACAUCAACGAGAAGGAGUCGCCAAUGGCCACGCGUAAUCGCACCUCAGUGGAUUUUAAAGAUUCUGACUACAAGCGGCAUCAGCUGACCCGCUCCAUCAGCGAGAUCAAACCGCCCAACCUCUUCCCCCAGGCACCUCAGGAAAUCACACACUGUCAUGAUGAAGAUGACGAUGAGGAAGAGGAAGAGGAGGAAGAAGAGGAGGAAGAGGAAGAGGAGUAAGAAGGAAAAAGUAAAGCAUCUCUGAAGACAAACCGUGACUCUAGCAAUGAUCAGGAGCGGAUUCCUUUGUUGGGGCCCUUGGGGUGAUGGGUUGGGGGGGGUGUGAUUCUUGCAAAGGCACAUUUUGAAAGUGUCCAGAAACUUUUAACAAAUUAACACUAAUUAGGAGGAGACCCUUGUUUUCAGUUUUGCAGACGGUUCAAAAAGCUGAUGGAUUCUGCCUGGGUGGUGCAUUCAGAUUGGACUGCCCACCCGUGCUGUCAUGCUGCUCCCAUUACAUUUAGGGAUGCUGCAUGUUUCUCCCUUUUCCGUGAUGUGUUUCAUCUGAUUUUCAUUUGUACGGUGUCCUGUGAACGGUUUUUGCCAUUUGUUACAUUCACUGUGGAGAAGGAAGGGAUGUGCUGGGCCCUGCAGGAGACAAAAUGAUCCAAAUCCUCCCGCUCGUUAAGUUGCUGCCCUUAACCCUCUGCUUCUGGGUUACGAAAUCCCCCCUCCCCGUGUUAGCCAGGGUGCUGCUGUGCCUUCCAGCACUCGGUUUACCCUCUGCUUAGCGUGAGUUUCUCAGUGUAAGUGGUUGGGUCCCUCCGGCCGUCACGGAUGGCGGUGGGAUUCCAGCUCUUGCAUAGCUGCAGCUGUACACGUUUCGGCUUGUAGACGCUUGUUAUCCCCUCCCAAUGUUUCAAAGCUCUUUCAUCAGCAGCACGUGAUGCAUGAUUCCCAAUACAUUUCCCAAGCAGCUGAGCCACACACUGUGUUCUCAACUCCUGUAGUUUCAGCAGUAACUACUAACCCAGGAGCUUGAAGCUACCGCUUUAGCAUUACGUUAGUGCCUAUUACUGACCUUUCUGUCUGCUCAGCUUUAAGAAAGUGAAGCAUCUCAAAGACAAACCCAGCCACCUCCUGGCGUGAAGGGGCCUGUGGCCCACGCGUGCCCCCCCGAAGCUGGGAGCCGGCACGUCCCCCAGGACCAGCCCCACGGUGGGAGCCGGGGAGCUCCAGUCCGGCCGGCAGCUGCCCUUGGCCUUGGCCUGGCACGGAGUGAGCGGAGCCUCGGCCUCGGCCGUGGUGGGCAAGGCUGCGUCCCCGGCCAAGGAGGGCGAUGGCUGCAGGCUGCCGGGCGGGGACUGGGGGUGCCCCGUGGGGAUGGGUGAGUGGUCCUUGUGCCUGAGAGCCAGCCCAGGGAAGGUGCGGGGCCGGCGUGCAGCUGGGCAGCAGUGCCCUAAGGUUUUCCUCUGUGUCAUGGGUGCAGCCUCCCUUACUCCAGCCUCUGCCGUUCGCUGUGAAGGGAUUACAACAAGGGCCCUCUUGUAACAAAUUCGACUGUUGUUUCAGUACCAUAAACUCAUUUAAUUUUUUUUUUUUUUCCAUUUUAAAGUACCUUAGGAGAAAAUAAAAAACCACACCACCACCAUCUGAGCAGGAAAUGCUGCUGCUAUAGUGGCAUUUGUUCAAGUCAAUAAAUGAUGAUGUUUCUAAGAA